UUCGGAGGGCGAUGCGGGCGGAGCUCCGGCGUUUUGCUUCCGUUAGCCCCGCGAUUGCCGGCGGGGCGACUCCGAGAGCUAUGGGGGCACCGGCGAACGCCUGGCGGCUCUUCCCGGCCGCCCCGCUGGCCUUGCUAGCGCUGCUCCUGCUUGGCUCCCAGCUGCCUGCUGUGACCCCGGGACAGCCCCGGGGCAGGACUGGCCCCCCGGGUCCCCCCGUCGUGCUGGUGCCAGGAGAUUUGGGAAACCAGCUAGAAGCCAAGUUGGACAAACCAGCCGUGGUGCAUUAUCUCUGCUCUAAGAAGACAGACAGUUAUUUUACAUUGUGGCUGAAUUUAGAAUUGUUGCUUCCAGUUAUCAUUGACUGCUGGAUAGAUAAUAUCAGGCUAGUGUACAAUCGAACUAGUGGUGCUACAGCUCCCCCAGAUGGGGUCGAUAUCAAAGUCCCUGGAUUUGGGAAGACUUUUGCAUUGGAGUUCCUUGAUCCUAGCAAAAGAAGCGUUGGCACGUACUUCUACACUCUGGUGCAAAAACUGGUAGAUCUGGGCUAUCAGCGAGACGAAAGUAUCAGAGGCGCUCCUUACGAUUGGCGGAAGGCACCAAAUGAGAAUGGAGACUAUUUUGAAGCUCUCCAGAAGCUGAUCGAGAUUAUGUACGAAGAGUAUGGUGGACCGGUGGUCCUGAUUGCCCACAGUAUGGGGAACAUGUAUUCCCUGUACUUCCUCAGCCAUCAGCCCCAAGAAUGGAAAGACAAAUACAUCCGGGACUUUGUUUCCUUGGGGGCUCCAUGGGGAGGAGUGGCUAAAGCUUUCCGAGUGCUGGCAUCAGGGGACAACAAUCGGAUUCCCGUGAUCAGCUCCUUCAAGAUCAGGGACCAACAGAGGUCCGCCGUUUCCACCAACUGGUUGCUCCCUUACAAUUACACCUGGUCACCGGAGAAGAUCUUCGUCAGCACGCCUUCCGCAAACUACACGAUUCGGGAUUUCCAGAAGUUCUAUGGGGACAUCGGUUUCGAAGACGGUUGGCUCAUGAGGAAAGCUACUGAAGCCUUGAUUUACAGCAUGACGCCCCCAGGCGUACGCACACACUGCCUUUACGGCACGGGGGUCAAUACUCCGGAAUCGUUUUUCUACGACAGCUUACCUGAUAAAGAGCCGAAGAUUUUUUAUGGGAACGGAGAUGGAACCGUAAAUUUAGAAAGUGCCUUACAGUGCCAGAAGUGGGUAGGUCAGCAGGAACAGAAGGUCAUGCUUUACGAGCUGCCAGGAAGUGAACAUAUUGCGAUGCUCUACAAUAACUUAACCAUAUCCUACGUGAAAAAGGUCCUUUUUGGCUCAUGACGCAGUAGGGUUUCACUUUUUCCUCCAUGAGGUUUAAAUGCUUUUUUUUUUCUUCUUCUUCUUUUCCAACGGGGAAGCACAAAAGAAUGUUUUGCACCUCUAUUUUUAAAGCUGCUGCUGUUUCUGGUUUUUUCCCCCCUGAACCUUGUUGGAAAUCAUUUAAAGGUCACUUGUUUCCUACACUAACAUCGAUAACAGGCCUGACAAAAUGCACAGGUGCCACAUCUUGGUGCCCAUCUAUAUGAAGGCAGUGUGUCGCUUCUCUGCAAUGCAGAGAAUGUUCCUCUUUCUAUCUUUAUUGAGCUGGAGAGGACCUUAUGAUGUCCUCGCCAAAAUGUCACCAAUGCUGGGCUGUUGUUACCAAUAUGAACCUGGGAACUGGUGAAGCCCCUCCAAAGGUUGUUUGAUCUAGACAGGUGUGGUUUAACCUUAGAUUGGCCUCGCCAGCCCAAACGUGAGCUGUUCUUGAAGACAACGCAGGAGCUUAACAAGGUUUUCUAAAAAAAAUGAGAUGAGCCUAUUAAUCUGAUUCCUACUCAACAAGAGCUCGCCAUCAAUGAUUUUCAUAUUAUAUUUUAAACUGGUGAUCAAUUACAGCAGCUGCGACUUCCAUACUUGACGACUUCAGCAGGGUCAAAGGGCAGGGUUCAGGUAGGAACUGUUUUAGCCAGAUGCCUUUCACUUUGAGAACUGGAGUGAUUCUCUUAACAACCCGUUUGUUUUUGGAAGACUUAUCCCACUUUUUUUUGCCGUUGCCCAUAUUGCUAUUGGGGUGUCUAAGUCCAUUUCAGUAGCAUCUCUCCCCCAAAUCCAAAUGUACAUUUGAUACAGUAUGGACAUCUAUUUCUUUUUCCUGGCGUUUCUCCUGGUGGUGUCAAUUCUCUAUCCUAUUCCUUUGAUCGUAUCGUCGUGCAUAAAGCUUGAAAAAAUAAUAAGGGCAUCACUCAGAUCUUGCAACAAGCACUCAUAAAUUGUGAGAAAAAAAAACGACACCUAAAAUUAACGUGGGCUGGAGAAGACCAAUGUUUCAAAGGCUGCCAUUUGGUAUUUGCAGCUACCCAAUGAGAGCCUGUAGUCAUCUGAUUGAUAGCAAUCCAGCAAUAAAAUAAUAACCCAAAUCUCUUUACAACAGGGAUGUCCAACUUUGGCAAUUUUAAAGACCUGUGGACUUCAACUUCCAUCAUUCUCCAUUCGGCCAUGCUGGUUCUGGGGAAGUCCACAAGCUGCCAAAGUUGAAUUCCUGCUUUACAGGAAUGCAGCCCAGUGCUGGUUUCGGCUUGCGUUGUCCUCUUCCACCCGGAGUUCCUGUCCGUUGAAUGUAGUUGCGGAUGUUUGAAUGAUAAAUCGGACCUUUUCCAAAUCGGUGGUUCCAUAGAACACUUCGAAUGCAAUGCCUUCCAAUCUGUGCCAAACCUCCCAGCUGGAACGUCAGACAAAUCUGUACAUUUCAACGUCGUGAUUUGAAACCAGGCCUCCUCUGGCUGGAAUGUGGAGCACCACUUGAAGACUCCUUGAGCAAAUGGUAUUAUUGUUCCUGAUUCCAAGACCUUGGCCUGGUCCGGCCUGAGAAAACAAACCCAUGGAAUCUGCACAAAACAUCUAUCCAUCUGCUCCGUCACAAACAUGUAUGCCUUCUCAUCAUCUUCCAUUUUUUCCCUAGAUUGUAAGGUUUUGCGCUGUCCAGUUCAUUAUGUUUCCGGACAGACUUGCAAGUGGAUUUGCCUGCAAAAAGAUCAGGGUAUAACCCAUUCUUAUUAGCCAAGUCGAGAAAAGCUUUUUAGUGUCUAAUCGGUGUUGAUUCUUUGUUCAAUCAUGCCCGUAUUUUGUUGAAAAAAAUUACCUUCUGUAGUGGCGAACCAGUUUACAACUUCUCAAACUUUCCAUCACUUUCUUCUGUGAGAAGAACGCUGCAAAGCCUCUGGACAUUGUCAGGAAAUUUAUCUUUUUAAUAUAGUUGCAAUUGCUAGUUCUUCGGGAUCACGGUGGCCCUGCAACCUGGAAAGCCACCAUCCUUGGCCUUGAUUGGAGUGUGAAAUAUUUCAUAGGAAUCGUUGCAUCAAGUCUAGCUUACACUGAAAGCCUCAAGGUAUCAUUAAGUGGCAGGGGAAGCACUGGGGCCAAAAUGCACUUUUCUGAGCUCUUUUUAAGGGGAGAUCCUUUGUUUGGCUUCAAUAGCGAAUUCUGCUGAGCUUCUUGGUGCCAAGAACAGGAUAGGAAACUCCACGCUUGGAAGAAGGAUGUGAAAUUCCUUCAGUGUUUGAAUGAUGAGCAGUGUUUGCAAGAUGCAGGGUGCAGGAAGCAGGCACCUAAGCAGCUCCCCCUCCCAAAAUAUGCAGAUGCCCACUGCUAUUCUCAGUUGAUACUUAACUCCUAAUAUUAAUCCAGUGAUUGCACACAUGUCCAUAGUGGAAUUGGUUGCUGCUAGACCAAGCGACACUUCUGUGUGUGCCUCAGCCCCAUAAUCGUACUGUCAGAAUUUUUCUCUCUGAUCCAUAUAAUCUAGGGCUGUCCAACCUUGGCCAUUUUAAGACCUGUGGACUUCAACUCCCAGGCUUUCCUACCCUGCUGGCAGGGGAAUUCUGGAAAUUGAAGUCCACAGAUCUUAAACAGUGGCCAUGGUUGGCCACUCCUGAUUUAAUCCUCCUCCUACUCUGCCAGGUACAGUAAGUGACCGUUUUCCUAUCAAUAUUUGUAUCCACUGCUAGCUGUCAAAUACGAUUAGGCAAAACGUCCUUCGCUGUCUUGUUGGUGCUUCUAUAAGUGGUGGUUGUUGUUUUUUUCUUCUUUCAAGAAAUCUUACUCUUGUCUAUGUGGUGCCUUUUCGGUGUCAUCCUCUGAAAAUUAAUCCUUGGGCCAUUUGUGGUCAGUCUUACUCGGACAACCCACAGUUUAUACAUGCGGCCAUCCAGGAUCAAUUAAAAAGUGUUUAUCCUCACCACUUACCACUUAAUAUUGAGAAUUAUGUUGGCUUGUAACUCUUAAGUAGAUUCCAACUUGCCUAGUGUCUUAAUUUAUCCAUGAGUCACGGCCACAGACAAACCUCAAGUAGCGGAUUAGUUUUUCCAAAACUUGCUUUUCCAAAGCAAGUGUCAACAGCCACAGUGGCUUUUUAAU